UUCUCUUGACGCCUCCGCCCCGGGCAGCAGGAUCCCCCUCCAUCCGUCCCAGCGAGAUGUCCUGCUACGAGCUGUGCGUCCCCCAAAGCGGCGUCGCCUGCCCGCGGCCCAUCGCCGCCAGCCGCAACGAGCUGUGCGCCCGGCAGUGCCCCGACUCGGCGGCCCUCAUCCAGCCGCCCCCCGUGGUGGUCACCUUCCCCGGCCCCAUCCUCAGCUCCUGCCCGCAGCAGUCCGUCGUGGGCUCCUCCGGGGCACCCGCCUUUGGCGGCUCCCUGGGGCUGGGGGGCCUCUACGGCGCCGGGGCCACGCCGGGCUCGGGGGGCCUCUGCGCCUUUGGCAGACCCUACGCCCUGCCCUCCUGCAGCCCUUGCCCUUUGCCGCGCUGCGGCAAGAAGCCGUCGGGACCCUGUGGGCCUUGCUAAACCUGGACGCAAGCCCUUGUCCCCAGCAGGAGUGGAGAAUCUUGAAAUAUGUUGCUGAUCCCAUUUGAUAUUGCCAUUGAUAUACUCUGAGAAACAGAUUUCUCUUUUCCUGGUUCGGGUUUUUUUGUUUUUCCUUUUUUUUGCUGCAUCUUCCAUAGAUCUUUCCCACAGGAUGUGCUUUGGUACCUCUUGUAUCUGUGACAUUUUAGUGUUCAUUCCUCUUACAGUUAUGUUUCCCUGUGUUUGACUAGGCCCUGAUGUGUGACCUUGUAUUAGUGUCAGUGUAUGUAAAGAUUGGUCUAGGCAACUGCAAGAGGACAACAUCAUCUUCAUGUUAUCAUGUCUUAUUGCUCAUGUUAUCUUCCUUCUUUUUGUCUUCUUUAUACUCUGUUCACUUUAUUCCACUUUUUUUUGCCAAUAAAUGUGUUCUGCAUCA